UAAUGAAUAUGGGUUUUGAGAAGAUUGAUAAGUAUAUAAAAGUGCUGCCACUGGGACCAUCACUAAUAGAUGUUCCUUCCCCAGAAAACUCUGAUAGUAGGACCCUUGCCGUCACCUGCAUACCAGCUGGACAUUGCCCAGGUUCUGUAAUGUUUUUAUCUGAAACUGACAAAUUUAAUGUUCUGUAUACUGGAGAUUUUCGAAUUUUACCUAAAGAUAUUUGCAAGUUCACAUCUUUAAUAAAUGGGCCGUCUCUAAAGAAGAUCCACACACUUUAUCUUGAUACCACUUUUUUGGAUAGAUGUUACUAUUAUUUUCCUUCCCGUGCAGAGAGUGCCUCCACAGUUUGCAACAGAAUCUGUGAAUGGCUUCAGUUGAGCCCCAGACACACAGUUGUGAUUGAUUUACCAGCUCGUUGUGGAACUGAAUUCAUCUUUGUGAAAAUUAAAGAAACUUUAGGUAUUAAAGUACAUGUGAACAAUGAAACAUAUUUACAGUACAAAGGAAUAGAAGAGAUUCAUACCUGCUUAACUGAUGACUCUCGUUACGCAAGAGUACAUGCGUGCUGUCUCCGUAAUGAAGUUCAAAAUUCGUCUCUACCUUCUUGGCCUGGAGAUGACUAUCACACCAGAAUUAUAAAACCAUCUGCUAUGUGGUUUGAAUCCUCAGGAAAGGAUGGAAAGGUACAGAAGAUACUGAAAGAACUGCUUUCAAACCCUGUGACCUUAGAGAACUUUCAGGAAGAUUCAUAUAGUGCAAUUGAUUCUGAUAUUUGCAGUAAUGAACAUUUUUAGCUGAAGACUGAAAGUGUAGUGGAACUCUUAGCUAUGAUGGACUGUUAAAUGUUUAGAGCAUUUUCUGACAUUUGUGAUAGUAUUUUUGCAAUUUUAUUUGAAAAUUAAAAGUGUAAACAAUCUAA